GCCGGGUUAUAAGUGCAUCUGAUUAAGUAACCACAUACAUACAUACAUUCAAACUAAGAUCAUGGGGCAAGACAUGAAGAUGAAGAUGGUGAUGAUGAUGAUGAAGAAAGGGCCAUGGACAGAAGAAGAGGACAUUCAACUUGUGCUAUUUGUGAAUCUCUAUGGAGAUAGAAGAUGGGAUUUCAUUGCUAAGGUUUCAGGUUUGAAGGUGGCGGGAGACAAAAAUAUUACCUACUAAUAAUGAUCACAUAUAUAGGUUUGAGAAGAACAGGAAAGAGUUGCAGACUUCGAUGGGUAAACUAUCUUCAUCCCGGUCUCAAGAGAGGAAAGAUGACCAAACAAGAGGAGACCCUAGUCCUUGAACUACACUCCAAAUGGGGAAAUAGGUGGUCAAGAAUUGCACGAAAGUUACCAGGUCGUACAGAUAACGAGAUAAAAAAUUACUGGAGGACUCUUAUGAGGAAGAAUACUCAAGAGAAGAAGCAAGACACAAUUCCCUCAUCACCUAUCUCAAACUUCUCUUCAUCAUCAUCUGGUAGCAAUAAUGCUUCCUCGGUUUUAAUUGGAGAAGGGGAUGCGAGAAGUUUCUUUGAUACAGGCGGGUUGGAAAGCAUUUUUUCUCCAUUGGUUUUCUCGAAGGGGGCAAAAGAAGAAGAAGAAACUAGUGAUAUGAGUAAUGUUAUCGAUGACAUAUGGAAAGAAAUUAGUCUUACAGAAACUACCCAAACUCAAGAAAUAAGCCCACUUUACUAUGACUAUGCAGAGGAAGGAUGCAACUUUUCCUACCAAACCAUGCCGUCCCCAAUAUGGGACAAAUAUUCUCCGGGAUCGUUGUGGAAUAUAAAUACCGAAGAGAGUAAGGUUUUCGCACCUACAAACGAUCAAGAUUUUGCAGGAUAUAAUCAAGAGAAUGUGUAUAUGAUUGACUAGAUAGUUAACUAGUUCUUUUAUUCAUUGUACUAGUAUGUUAAAAAAUCUUGAAUAGAUCUAGAUAGGUUGUGGAAAUAGUCUUAAGUAAUAAUCCCUCAUGUAGUUUUUAAUGUUAGUCAAUUUAAUGUAGGUCUAUAUAAGUGUCUCCUUAUGCAUGUAAUAUGUAUAUAUCUGUAUUUUUCUAUGUUUCAAGAAUAUGAAAACACUAGUUUUGAACAAUAAAUAAAUAAAUUGUAAGUACUUGAAUUUCUGUCA